CUUUCCACGCCACAGGACCUGACUCAUAGAAUAGAUAAGUUAGGUUAAAUGACAUUCAUUCCUAAUUAAGUUUAUAAGUAAUUGAAUGUAGUGGUUUUCUAGACAAUGGAAUCUGUUGUAACUUUAAACAAUGGAGUUAAAAUGCCAAUGGUUGGUUUGGGAACAUUUCAAAUAAAAUCAGAAGACAUUUUUCACCAAACUCUGGACUCUGCGCUUGGGUGUGGAUAUCGUUUAAUUGACACCGCAGCUGUUUAUAAGAACGAGCAUCUUAUUACAAGCUGUUUGCCUGAGUUGUUGGAGAAAUAUGGGUUGAAACGUGAAGACGUUUUCGUGACGACUAAACUUGGUCCGAAGGAUUUAAGCGAGGAGAUGGUGGAAGGAGCUGUGGAGGCAUCACUGAAGAAGAUGGGGUUGGAUUAUGUUGAUUUGUAUCUAAUCCAUUGGCCAGGUAGGCAGGGGGUGAAGGGAGGGGACGGUGUAAAUGUUUGUUGCAGGAGGGGGGUGUGGAAAAGAAUCGAAGAAAUUUAUCUGAAAUCGGGGAAAAUUAAAUCCAUUGGAAUUUCGAAUUAUUUGUUAAAACAUUUGGUUGAAAUGUCCGAGUAUUGGACGGUUGUUCCUGCUGUUUUGCAGAACGAGUUUCACCCGGACUAUGUUGAUUAUGAUGUCAUAAAGUUCUGUAAGGACAACGGGAUUCAUUUUCAGUCGUAUUCCUCGCUCGGUCAAGCGAGACUUGUAGAUGAUCCCAGAUUCAUAGAAAUAGCAGAAAAGUACAGGAAAACUGUCGCGCAAGUGUUGUUGAAAUGGUCGUUACAACACGGGUGUUCCGUCAUCCCAAAGUCAACACAGAAAUCUCAUAUCGAAGAAAACGCAAAAAUAUUCGACUUUGAAAUUUCCGACGAAGAUUUAGAAAUUAUUGGAAAAGUUGGGACAAACACGAAAUAUGCGUGGGACCCACAACAUGUGGUGUAGAUGGGCGUACUUGGUAGCCAGUUGUGCUAUAAGGGGGGUUGGAGGUCGCUAUGAUCCCAUUUUGUAAGAAAAAAUAGUCAAUUUUUUAACUAGGUCUUCGGAUAAAAUAUUUGAUAAUUAUUCUUACUUUUAAAUAAAUAUAACAAUACAACUUAAUGAACUUAUACAAUUGCUUGUAUUAAAAUAUUAAGUUACAAACAUUAAACAACAGAACUAAUCAAAUUAUGUUCCUUUAUUUCACA